AUGGCUUCUUCGGACAGUAUAUCUAGGCCCAUUGGUGCCGGGACAGAGGCUGCUCGUCAGCCCUCUGUCCCACCUACCGGCUUUGAUUUGCCUUCCGUGCAACAAGUCUUCUCAGAAUUGCCUGAAUCUUCUUCGUCUUUGUCAGGCCGAGGUGCGGAGACGCUGGGCCUGGAAGAGCAAGAGAAGAUGUUCCGUGCUCUCAGUGCGGUAAUUGAGAAUGCCGAGGCUGCAGAGGCGGGAAAUGCCUUUGACCUCAAGGAAUUGCAUGCUUCGUUGGAACAGGCUGAUGCUGAUGCACGACGUGGCCGAAGAGAUUCAGAGUCUUUGCAAAGUGUGCUGAAAAUGCUUAACCAGCUUUGGGCUAGUGAUUCCGAGUUUUUAGCACAGGCAGCUGAGGUUUUGGCUAACGGAAGUCGUGAACUAUCAUGGCGGGGCCCGAUUGGGCAAUCCGGGAUUUUGAAAUUCUUCCUAGAGGUCAUCUCAUCAAAGAAGGAUGUGGACGUCAAAUUGCUGCUCCAUUCUUUGCGUUUGGUUGGCAAUUCUUGCGCGGAUACCAAUGAGAACAGGCAGAUUGUCGUAGGGGGCUCCUACACUCUCGCUAUUAUCAGGCAUUUCCUCAACCCUGAGUUGGUCCAUGUCGCGAUUCCAGUUAUCUACAAUAUCUGCAUGGACUAUGAGCCCGCACAUGCCCAAAUGGCUGAGAACCGAACGGCUUACAUCAUCCUGAAACUCCUUAAAGAUGGUGUUAUCAAGGACAACAGUGCUUUGCUCAGCUUCUCUUAUGACCUCGUGGAGCUGGCUUCGGAACAAGCGCAAGGCAUCGAAAACUCCCCUGAUGGAACAAUCUGGCUCCUCGCACAGCUGGCUCUGGAAGAAAGCGAGUUCGAGCACUUUUCAUCGCUUGUGAACAGUCUCUCUGCUUACUUGGAAAAAGAGCGGUUCCAGGACGCCUGUAUUUCAAACGGCAUGGUUGAGGACGUACUGUCCGUUCUUCGCCGGUCCUUUUCCAUUGAGAUCGAUGAGACCUCAAAAGACGAGGUUUCAGGUCUCGCCCAGAUCAAACUUAAGAUCAACCAGGCCCUAGCUGAGGUUUCAGCUUCUUCGUUAUUCGCGGAACACUAUCCGCUUGACUCGGCCCUGGCGCAGACAUUAAAGUCAUGGAUUGUUGCAGAUGAAGACCAGCUUCAGGUCUGUGCAUGUGUCAUGCUCGGAAACCUGGCUCGAUCUGAUGAGGUCUGCCAAGUGAUGGUGCGGGACUUGAAGAUCCACGAAGAAUUGAUCUCCGUCCUUGAGAGCGGCUCUCGCGGUGCGGUUCUUCACUCUGCACUUGGUUUCUUGAAGAACCUUGCGAUCGCCGGUGACAACCGCAUCAGCCUUGCGGAAGCUGGAAUCAUCCCGGCUGUAUCCCGGCUGUGGGCCUUUGAGUCCGUUCCACAGGUUCAAUUCUCUGCCGCGACUAUCGCCCGCCAGGUUACUAUCGCUUCUGUGGAGAAUAUCUCAUGUCUAUUGGCUCCACUGUCAGAAGACCCGGAUUCUCCUGCUCACAAGCGGACCUAUCUUUCCCUGCUCUUGUCUCUCUUUGAGAAGACCGACUCUGCACCUAUCAAGACGGAAAUCGGCCGCACCGUGGCUUCUAUCUGCCGAACAGUCUCUCCCAAAGCUCGCGAUGGAGAUGAAGCCGCGAAAUCGCUGCUGGAGAAACUAUACACCCUUCACGAAGGCGUCGCUCGACCUAUUGGUGCGAUGAUUACUCAAACUCAAUGGCCCGUUGUCCGAAGUGAGGCCUGGUUCGCUUUGGCAUUGAUGGCAAACAGCCAAUCGGGCUGUCUGGCUGUGAUUGACUGCCUGCACAACGAAGAGGUUGCGAUGCUACUCAAGAAGACUCUCAGUGGGGAGGCUUCUACUUCAGAUGCUUCGGAUGACUCUAGCGAGCCGAAUGUCACCCAAGUGACCAAAGAUCGCGAUAACGCUUUUGUUCUCGUGCAGGAAUUAUUGAAGAACGAGGCUGGCGCACUUCCAAAGAGCUAUCGUGAGGCUAUAGAAGAUCUAGCAAAGAACAGCUCAUUACGACAGCUGAAGGGUACGCAGGAUGCUUGA